AGUAUAUAAGCAUUAUUUAUGUGAACAUAUACAUAUCUCUAGUUUAUAUAUAAUUAAAUUUUCAUAUUGAAUGGUGUCUGGGCUUUUAUUUUUAAAAAAAUGAAACAGUUUCCAACGGUAUUACUUUAUCUCACCUUCGUUACUGUGUGUACAGCAUCAACACUGUAUGAGGAACUGACAGCACUAAAUGCCACAACGUUGUUGAGUUUAGUCGAUAAAGCGGGUCUUUCAUCUGUUCUGCAAGGUCGAGAAAAUUAUACAUUGCUUGUGCCGACAAACCACGCCUUUGCCAAAAUACCUGCAACAGAACUAGCAUCUGUAAGCAGCAAUCAACAAAAACUUGUGGACAUAAUAAAAUACCAUUUGAUAAGUGGAAUACAUCUCAAGCGCGAGUUUUUGUUUGGGAGACACCAUUUCUACAACAGUACAAAUGGUCAUGUGAUUAGAGUCUACAGAUCAGCGAGUGGGACACACUUUAAUCAAGCAACAGCGAUUAAAACGGACAUUAAAGCAUCAAACGGAGUCAUACAUCUAAUAAACACAGUUCUAGAUGUGCCGGAGGGAACAGUAGUGGAUAUUUUGGGCAACAAAGCUUAUAACAUUUCCAAGUUUUUAGCCCUGGUGCAAAAGGCCAAGUUAGACGUCAACUAUGCCAAACCAACUGGUAUUAACAGAUACACUGUGUUUGCACCGAGCGAUGCCGCUAUCGAUGCUUUACCGGCAUCAACGUUACACAGCCUCUCUCAGGACACCACAAACCUCAGAAUGCUGAUAGAAUACCACGUGCACUCCGGAACAAUGCAUGCAGCUACACUAGCAAAACGUCACUUUGUCAGCACAACGUUACCAGCGCAUAACAUAAGCGUUACCACUGACGCAGCUGGCGAUAUCACUCUUAACAACAUGGCACAAGUUACUCUCACAGACAUUGAAGCAGAAAAUGGAGUUGUUCAUAUCAUAAACCAUGUUCUUAUGCCAAUGAUUUUACAACCUAUUGUCGGAUAAAUGUUAAUUAUAGUGGUUGUUUUAUAUCAAAAUGAAUGGUUUUACGAUCUACUUACAGUAAUACAAUGAUUUUACAAUAUAUUGUCCGUUAAAUGUUACAGCAGUUACCUUAUCAAUAAAAAUUCAUGAACUUGUU